AUGAAAGCUGUAGUACCGUUACUACUAUAUAGCGUCAUUUCAGCGGAACUAGGGUUUGCCUACCCUUGUUUGUCUCUUCGUUGUAACGCUAACUUCCCAGGAUUUUUGCGUUGGAUUUCAUUGGACAAAAAAUUUAGGACACGUCGUUAUCCGUAUUUAGAGACCUCCAAAGAAGAUUCUGACACUAAAUCAGGGUUAUGCAUAGAUCAUAUCGGUCGCUCUAGAGGAUUAUCGCUCAGCUUCGCACAUGAGGAGGGCGCUCUGGUAGCGCCCGAAACCCCUACGCACUCCGGAUCCGUCGGAGAUGAUACUUUGUUACGCCUGCGUCGUGUAAUACGAGAGAAGCACGGGGAAGAGUACCCGUUGCGUGAAUACUACAUCAAGGGUACUGGCCCUGGUGGGCAGAAAGUAAAUAAGUCAAGCAAUUGCGUCCAAUUGAUUCGUUUCUCUCCUGCUCUGGGUACCAACAUAGUGGUCAAAUGCCAUAUGCAUCGGUCAUUGCUAGAUAAUCGUAUAGAGGCUACACGUAUUUUACUGCGUAAGCUGGAUGAGGCAGAAUCGGCACAAUCGCGAUAUUUGUCACGUAUGCGCGAAAAGGAGAAGCGUCGUAUACUAAAGCUGACACCAGCUGAAAAAGCUCGUAAAAAGUUCGAAAAACAAUUGAGAGCUGAGAAGAAAGCCAACCGUCGGAAGUGGAAGAUAGGAGAAGAUUGUUUCUAG